GGAAUAAUGUACAGCCAUCAUUCUCAUCUCAAUCCCUUCCCCGUCAGCAGCCGAGGCAGCAGCUCCACUGGGGUCACAUGCACCUUCACUACCUGAUAGCCGCAGAAGAGCCCGAUCAGCACCCAUCCCUGCACCAGGAUCCGGCACCCAGCAGUGUUGAUCCACUGUUAACAUGAUGUAUCGGGGAAGUCAGACUGUGGGCACAUACGUGGAAAAUCCCAAAAUAAAUGGAGAGGACAUUGGACAAGAUCGUGAAAUGUCAGACGAUGUAUUUGACACUACUUAUACUGAGAAGAAAGGUCCCAAACCUCCCAGAAAAAUCGUUUGGAGAAAUGUCAUUCUGAUGGCUAUGCUACAUUUUGGAGCAUUAUAUGGGCUCUCCUUUUUACCAGCUACGAAACCCGCUACUAUCAUUUGGGCCAUCGUGUGUUUCAUGCUGAGUGCCCUGGGAGUGACCGCUGGUGCCCAUCGCCUCUGGAGUCAUCGAUCCUUUAAAGCCAAGCUGCCUCUAAGGAUAUUUUUGGCUGUUGUAAAUACUAUGGCUUUUCAGAACGACAUAUAUGAAUGGGCCAGAGACCACCGUGCCCAUCAUAAGUAUUCAGAAACUGAUGCAGACCCUCAUAAUGCAAAGAGAGGUUUCUUCUUUGCUCACAUUGGUUGGCUGCUGAUGAAGAAACACCCAGAUGUAAUAGAAAAGGGCAGCAAGCUUGAUUUAAGUGAUCUUUAUGCAGAUGAGGUGGUGAUGUUCCAGAGGAGGCAUUACAAGAAAUUGAUCUUGGUGAUGUGCUUCAUAUUUCCCACUGUGAUUCCUUGGUAUUUCUGGAACGAAUCACUGUAUACGGCGUUCUAUGUACCCGGUCUCCUGCGUUACACAUUAGUACUAAAUGCAACAUGGCUGGUGAACAGUGCAGCACAUAUGUAUGGAAACCGACCAUAUGACAAGAAUAUCAACCCAAGAGAAAACAAAUUUGUCGCAAUAGGAGCGUUUGGUGAAGGCUUUCAUAAUUACCAUCACACUUUCCCCUAUGACUAUACCAGCAGUGAAUUUGGAAUCCGGUACAACCUUACCACAUGCUUUAUAAAUUUGAUGUGCUUUUUGGGCCUCGCCAGUGACUGCAAGAAAGCAUCAAAAGAACUUGUAAUUGCUCGCCAACAACGCACCGGAGAUGGAAGCCACAGGAGUGGCUGAUAACAAUAACCAUAAUAUAUAUUAGAAUAACCUUUUCUAAUAUAUUUAACAAAUCAACAAGUAUAGAGCAAGGUUAAAUAUUAUUACUUUAACAUCACCCAACACGGUGUUCUUUUACUUGAUACUCUUUUAAUUAAAGUAAUUAUAUCUUUACCUUGAGUUUUCAUCUCUUCCAUUUGCUUUUUUUUCAGUGUAAUAACCCUAUUGUACGCUUUUGUAUGUUAGAUGGGGUUUAUUUUUUUGUAUUUAUGUGCUGUGACGUUGUUUUAUUUUCUUCUCCAAUUUACCUUUUUUGCCACCUACGGCUGGUGCAUGUUAUUGUCCGAUCUGUACCUACUGUACAUUUAUUUUCCUUAAGCACUGACCACAACUCCAGCUCGCUCCUCAGUUUUUAUUGACUGCUCUCAGGCUUUCUGCAAAAAGAAUGAAAUCCAAUAAGAGGAACACUUACAAGUGCCAUUUUAACAAUUUGUACAUAAGGGAUAAAAGCUAAAUGCGUUUUGUAUCUAUUUCAUUUACUCUUGUACAGAGUGAUUUUCAGACAGUUUCCUUGCUGUCUUGCUAUUUAAGCUACUGACUGCCCCCCCUUCCCCACACCGGAUCCUUGUCGGAUGCAGUGGUGGGGUGCGGAAAUUAGGACACAGUAAAUGCUUCAUUUGAGUUGUGGCAGUAUGCAUAAUAAUGUUUGCUUAGACUCUUAGUCUUCAUAAACACCUUAAUACUUGUAACUAAAAUGGAAUUGGUAGGGGAAUUAUAUAUAUAUAUAUACACACAUUUCCAUUGGCUUCCUCAGUAGAACUAUUACCUUUAUCUUGUGGCUAUUACAGGACUGUACGUUUAUCUUAUAGUUACUAUAGGGCUGCUACAUGCUAACCCAUGGAAAUGUUCUCUCUCUCUCUCUAACAGUCUAGCAUUGUAGACCCCAACUUGUUGCCUUUCUGCCAUAACAAUAUCUAUUAGGUAGGCAUGAUCAAUUAACAUUGAUAAAAAGCCUUGAGUAACCAACCUUGAUGUAAUGUGUAUUGUGUUAGCUUGGCAUCACUAGUAUGAGGCUCAGGAAUAAAAGAGCAUGUUAGAUUUAAAUUCCAUUUCAUUACGUGCUGGGUUGAAAUGUUGACAUGGUUGAUUGGUUAUAUAGCUUGACGUCUUGGUCCCGAUAGGUGCUGCAAUCUAGAUUAGCUUGUUUUGGUAGUGUGUACUGGGGCAUGGCUUUAGUCACCCUCUUUUUGUAGAUUAUGAGAUUUCUUUAGCUAUUUGUAUGGCAUAUUUAUGACUUAAUCUGAAAUAAUUGCUAGUAGCACUUGUAGCACUUCUGACUUCCUACUAGACGUUUAAACGUGAAUCUUAAUUGUACCUUAUAUGAACAAAAAGCACUUAAAAACGACUUGCGCCAAAAUCAGAUUUUUUUUUUCCUCUUAUGUUUGUGCCAUGCCAUAAACAUAAAGGAAUACAUUCUCUAUGUGCCAACAUAAGAAUGUUGCGCAGACGUGAUUAUCGGCUAUUAGUCCAUUGUUGAACCAGGUUCCUUGUGCGGACAUAAGAGUGCAGUUGCAUCGCUCACAGCGAUAUUCUGACUUUUAAGCAUUCUUAUCAAGUCAGUAAAAAAGGUUAUCCAUUCCUAAAAAAAAAAUGGAUGUAGACUGAACAUGAAUGUUCAGAACCAGAACAUAUAAAUCCCAUUAUUCAUAGUUUUUAAACUUUAAUAUAUUUAUCUGCUGUCCUCUAACAAGAAGAGAUGUAGAAGGACAAAUUGAUAGAACUUUAGUUUGCUUUUUGAACAGUUCCUUCUGGUAAAAGCUAUCCUUUUAUGUUACUGUAAGCUGAUCAAAAGCUGUCCUGCUGUUGGGACCCUAAUUAUCAGAUACAAUCUAUGUGAGGACUGGGCACCAAGUUUAUAACCCCCCUGCAGCACCCCCACAGGGAAAAAUAAGAAUUACAGUGUCUGUUGAAAUCAAGGUGCUGCCCAUGUAAUGGAGGGAUGUACCGAGUCCUCCAUAGUAAGAGACUGUAUUGUUUUUUUUGUUAGAUUUUUUUCCUUUCUGGCUAAUAGAUGUAGGUCUGAAAUGGUACUGCUUCUAUUAAUUCAUACUUUCCUAAUAAGAUAUUUAAAAUGGGUUCUCUAAAUAAGUCAGCCAGUAUAAUAAUAAAAGUGAGGCUAGUUUCCACUCCAUAAAGUCGUGUUUUCUUUAUAUUGCUAUCAAACUGUGUUCUCUAUUGUUAUGUUGGACAACCAAUAAUGUUAUAUUAAUUAUUGAAUGUUUAGUAGCCAAUUACUGUAUGUACAUUUAAGUUGAAUUUAGUAAAUUAUAAUACGCUCGGAUUAUUCUAAAGGACUACGAGCUUAAAACAAUAGUGCCGUGUGAUAAUGUCAUUGUCAUAAUUGUGCAUACUUAUAUCCAACUCAUAGUAGGUUUUUGUCUGUAUGCACGGCUAGAUGUUGUUUGUGGUUGGCUUGAUAGCUUAAAGCCUAAUAUAAGCAUGCACUUCCUCGGUGCAGAAUAUUAGCUGUUGGCCAUUUAAAGAGCACCAAUCCUUAUAGGGAUGAUUAAACAUAAACUGGUGCUGUACAUGAAGAGACUUGGUUAAAGGGAAUCUGUCACAAGAUAGAUCAGUAUCAAUCCAUCUUACAUUCCAGAUACGUGCUGAACGCUACUUUGUAUAGCCCUUGGUCCCAUCAUCACAGCUGCAGCUAAUCCGGAGAAAUAAGUGUUUUUAUUUUAGGUUAAUUAGCCUCUGGGUGCAACAAGAGCAGUGCUAUUGCACCCAGAGGCUCGCCUCCCUUUCUCCUAUGCCGCGAUCCCACUGCUGAGACUGAGUGAAAACAUCCUUGUACAUUGUGUGCGCAGAACACGCUCCCAAGAGACUUCAGGGCAAGGUGUGAAUAUUUUUUCACUGCCUAGUCUGUAAGUCUUAGCGGUGAGGAGACAGUAACACCCUCCUUGCACCCAGAAGCUGAUUAACAUGAAAUAAAAAUGCACAUUUCUCCAGAUUUGCAGCAGCUAUGAAGAUGAGACCAAGGGCGAUACAAGUUGGAAUGUAAGUUAGAUUGAUACUAAUCUAUCUCAAGACAGAUUUCAAUGGCUUUUGUAUUUUAUGAAAAUAUUUUCUCCAAACAUGAAGAAUUUUACCAAAUAUCUUGGCCUUACACUAAGUUUGUUCAAAUGGAAAUUGGAGGUAUUGGUUAUAUACCAACUGCAUUUUCCUAUUGGCUCCUCUGGAUAUAUUUUAUGUAUUUGAACAGAAGCACUUAGAUAUAAAGCACUUAAAACAAUGUUAUCAAUGUAAAUGUCUUAAAAUAAAUGCCCACCCGGAAAUAUAAACUCCAACUACCUCCCCCUUUAGUGGAAUAAUGUAUAGUAAUAAAAAACUUUCUACAAGUGCAACUCAUCUUGUGAUGGCAGUCCUUUCCUCAAAAUGUCAGGAUGCCAUCUUCAAAAGUAUCAACAUGACACCAGAUGUACAGUGUUAAAUAUUAUAAAAUAAUAUAGAACAGGGUAAAUGAAUGGGUGUUAAUUGGUCAUCUUGAAUUCGUUUUUAGUAUUACACAGUGGAGCUGGAAGAGUGAAUGUUCUCCAUCUAAAUUCGUUUUUCGAAAAUUCUGAUUAACAUCACAGUUUGAGGCAAGGUUUAACCUGGUGUCAAUUGUAUAUGUAUCACAGAGACAGACCAUACGGCUGCUAUGGUAUUCCCAGGAGAGGUGGUAAUUCCAGGUUGGUCUUAGUUUUAUAGGUAGUGAGACUCUUUACAGAGGUUUGAUCUCCACAGAGAGAUGAUUAUUAGCAAACAAGAAAGAUGAAAUGUAGUUAAAUCAUGAAAAUGGGAUAGAGGCACCUAGAUCCCAUUGUAGUAGGCAUCUAGGAAUGUGGUAGUGUCAAGCAGCAUCAGAAAGGGGGCUAAGGUUCAUGCUAAGCUGCCACCUCCCUUGUCUGUAGCCACCACAUGGUCAAUUCAACUUCUAACUGAGAGGUUAAGACACAUCAAACACUCUGGUUGCUAGGGACACAUUGGAGAACAAUUGCCUUUUUAAUAGGUUUCCAAGCUCUUUCAACCAGCCUUAGAUUCCUUUGGUCUUCAGCUCAGUAAAAUUGCAACUGAGAAGACAGUCUUUCUUCUCUUUAUUUCUCCCAUAUUAUUGAUAAAAUUAGUUGGAAAGACCUUUCAAGGUUAGCUGUGGAAAUUAUACAAAGCUCAGCAGACAAGUGUUCAUGUAGGUUUUUUUUCUCUAGCUGUCCUCAAUUGUUGUACAAUGUUACAUCCACAUGAUAAAAAAGGACCUUGUGUGAGAUGAACCAAAAUGUCCUGUUGGGCAUGUGUAAUGGAUAUUUCCAUAAAAUGCCAGUCUCUGUGUUGUUUCCUUGACUUGAAUUUAGAGCAAAAUAUAGGCCUAACUAGCAUACAGUCCUCCUCUAUGGUGUGGCACUACACUUGAAGUAAAAUGGUACAGGGUACACAUCAAGACAUUCUGUGAAUAAAACUAUGGCUCGCUACUUUGAAUGAAUUCUAUAUUCUACAUCAUUUUAUUUUGUGUUUUGAGGUGCCUUCUCUGCAAUGCCACAUUUAGUUUUCUUUGGUGAUACAUAGAGCUAGGGUAGAUACGAUGCAACACUGGUGGCGUGUAUGUGUUUGUUUGUUGGCUUUACUGUUGUGUUUCUUGGCUCCUCUGCUGGUAGGAUUUUCCUAUGCCUCUUUUUUGGUUGUGGUAUUCAGAAUAUAGUUUAGCUCUUAAGUCAAGCCCAAUAAUAUUUAAAACAAAAGUUGGUGAUAUAAGAAUUGGGUUCUUGUGACUUGACACUGUGGCAACACUAACCCUAAGAUAUUCACUUGUACUUAGUAUAUCAUGCUUUCUGGUCCAAAUAGGCUGUGCUGGAUUUCUACUUUGGGCUUUGGAGUUAUGGUUUGUUUGGUUUUUAAGCCCAGCAGUAUACUCAAAAACACUUGUCCGAGUUCUGGAAAAAAAAAAUAGCAC